AAUACCCCUGCUCACAUGCACACACAGACUCGCUGCACAUGCAUCGAGUGGAACAGAUCCACAGUGCUGCACAGUAGUGAGGCCACAGUGUGUGAUUGAGAGAGGGGGGUUGGAGAGAGAGAGAGAGAGAGAGAGAGAGAGAGAGAGAGAGAGAGAGAGCAUUUACUCUCUCUCUCUCUUGCCAACUUAAGGAAAGCAGCAGUGUGGUGAAGUUGCAUGAAGCGUGUGGUUCCAACUGAGAACUUUCUUAUCAGACCAUGGAAGCCAAGAAGUGGAGGUAGAAGAACAAGAAAUAGAAGAGAGGGGAAAUAAACAUCUCUGCUGGCUGAACAGGAGACCAGAGUUUCAUCUGAGGGAUUACAGGACUCUUCCUAUAUGUGUUCGUCUCAUGGUGAUAUCCUACAUGAUCGUCUCUCGUUGACAGGAGCCUCUUCGUGUCUUGGAUUUCCCAGGGACCAAAGUUUGUUUUCUGAGCAGACUGUGUGAAUGAAGUGUGUGGAAGCAGAAAACAUGUCAAACAGACGUUUCAGUCACCUGUUGAGGGGAGUCUGGUUGCUGUGGCUGUGGCAAGCUGUGCUCGUGGCUGGAACUGGGAGUAAACUAUGGGAGGUGCCUACAGACUCCUUCACUUCCUCCUCGAACCUCAGUGAACUUCUGCAGUGGGAGCAUGACUGCCAGUACCGCCACCUACAGGACAGAGUGAGAAUCACAGCAGACAUCCCCCCAAGACUCGAUGGAACAUGGGUGUCAUCAAGGUGUGAAGUUCGGCCCGGUCCAGAGUUCCUCUCCCGCUCCUACACCUUCCACCCCAGCCGUCACUUCCAGGCCCUGCAGCACUACUACACAGACAGCAGCUGUGGUGAUCCAGCAUACUCCCUGAUGAUCAGGGGGAAGCUCCGUCUGCGCCAGGCUUCCUGGAUCACCCGUGGGGCCACCGAAGCUGAACACCACCUCAGCAAGGUGGGCAUUGUGGUCCACAGCCUGGCAGCCAAGCAGAGGCUGGCUUCCAGGCUGCCUGCGACCUGUGUUGGUCUGACCCUGGGUCGAGUGGUGCCGGGGAAGCUGUAUGAGCUGUACAACACCCGGGCAGGGAGGGCAUGUCUUGCUGCCCUGGGCUUCUCCAUGAUGGAGAUGGGCCUGAUACGGGUGGAGUCACAGCACCACAGCAAUGGAGGGAAAGUGCAGGAGCUGUUCUUAGGGGACAUUCACACUGACUGGACACAAAGGACUCACUACAGACCUACAGGGUACCAACAGCCACUGCAGAAUGCCAUGCAUCAUAUCCACCCCUGCCCCAUGUGCGCCCUGGUGUACCGCUCCUCUGAGCAGCGUCCUCCGGUGUUGCCCCGCACCCCGGCAGUUCCAUUGUCUCUGGCUGGCCGCUGGGUCAGCCAGCGCUGUGAAACUCGUCCUAACAUCCUCUUCCUCACCCGGGAUUUCACCUUUGAUCCUAACCAGCAUGCAUGGGAGGGCAUCUACCGACACUACUCGGACCCUGUCUGCUCUCAGCCCACUUUCAUCCUGAGAGCUUCGGGCCACUACGCUCAGGGAAACCCCUCCGCUAAGAUCUCAGGAGCCACUGAGUUUGUCUUCAAGGUCACCCAGGUGAGAGUCACAGCUGCAGAAGAGUCCACAGCAAAGUUGCUGAAUGGGUCAAAGCCAGGAAAGUGUGGUCGCCCAGGAGGCUGGGAGGUUGGUGUGGAGCAGGACUUGACCCCCACGGAUGGGUGCACACUGCUCGGCAUCAAGUUGCCACAUAAGGAAUACGAGCUCUUCAAGAUUGAGCUGGACCACAGGAAACACCCAAUGCUGUUCAUAGGCGAGAGGCCAACUGACGGGUCCAGUCCAGACCGACCGCAGAGGAGGCCCACUUCCUUUCAGGCUCCCAUGGUGCUUUGCAGUGGGGGGGAGACACAGUCUUUGCAUCGCUAUAGCUCAGGUUUUAACAGUAAGCAAGUUCAGCUAGCAGCCAGUGGGACAGAGAGACCGGCACAGCUGGUGUUACUGGUGCUGGGGUCUGUGCUGUACAGCUGGUUCUGUGUUUUUUAAAGACAUUGUCCACAAAUCAAGCCUGUUACACAGCUGAAGUCAUUGAUGGACAUUAUUUUAUGGCAGCUUUCUUUCACUCUUCCUCCAUAUGAUGAUGACCACACAUGUGAUGGUCAAGAAAGUCAUGAGACACUCAGGAGAGCUGAGCAUUUUUUAAUAUCUGGUUUUUAGUCGCUGCCCUUUCACUUUAAUGACUCUUAACUUCAGCCACAUUUCUACCUAAAACUAAUGUGUAUAUAAACCCCAAAUAUAUACAAGUGCCAUCAUUUCAGUAUGUAAAAAGUAUAUUCUUUUAAACUCUGCUCCUUUUCUAUUAUGAUCACAUGUUCUCUCUUCACAGAUCAAUUUCUUUUUUCAUAUUUUUGGGUAAAUGCAGUUUUCUUUCCACGCUGUUACAACAAAUCAGAUCACAGUGCUGAAAUGUAGGUCAGUUAUUUCCACAUCAAAAUGUAAGCCAUCGUUAUUCCAUUAGACUUCACACAAAAGCUCUUUUUUGGAUCCACGAAGCAGUAUAACUAUAAUGCACUUUGUACAGAACAUUGUUCAACAUAACGGACAGAAGAAAGGCUGGAAAAAAGAACAUUUUGUAAUCACCACUCUAACAGCAGCCAUCUUCAUUUGCCUGAUGCCUCUGUGGUGUGAAAUGUUGCUCUUUCUCUAUUCAAGUAUUUGUCUGCUUUUUCCGUCGGCAGUCAAUCAAAACAAAUCAAUUGAAUAUUUAUUUUAACCCUUUGAACUGUAUUUUUUUAUAAGGGGAAGAAUUUUUGUCUAACAUUUUAGUGAGUUUCAUCAUUUAAGAAGUGAUAAUUUUCUAUGUGUAUUAAAAAUGGCUUUUCAUAACA